AUGAGGUUGCUGCUGUGGCUUUGUGUCUUGGCUCUUGGUCUUAGGGCCUGGGGUGAUUUCUCCUGAGAUGAAACACAAGCCAAAGAUGUAUCAGAGGGCUUUCAGGACCUGUUUGGCAACAUCUCUCAUCUCACUGAGAAAGGUUACCCAACAGAUGUCUUCACAAUUGUUUCUCACAAGGAGUGGGGGGGGGGAGAAGCUGUUGCCUGCAGAACCCCACUGACCAUGCCCGUGGAUUUCCUUGUCACGCACCAUGUCCCUGGACUGGAGUGUCACAACCAGACUAUGUGCAGUCAGAGGCUUUGGGAAUUGCGGGCCCAUCACAUGCACAACAACAGCUGGUGUGACAUGGCCUACAACUUCCUGGUUGGGGACGAUGGCAGGGUGUAUGAAGGUGUUGGCUGGAAUGUCCAAGGCAUGCACACCCAGGGCUACAACAUCUCCCUGGGCUUUGCUUUCUUUGGCACCAAGGAAGGCCACAGUCACAGCCCUGCUGCCCUGUCAGCCAUGGAGGGCCUGAUCUCCUAUGCUGUCCAGAAGGGCCACCUGUCACCCAAGUAUGUUCAGCCACUUCUCGUGAAAGGUGAGAACUGCCUACUCCCUCUUCAGAAGGCAAGUCCCAAGAAAGCUUUCUCCAACAUUAUCCUACGGUCUGCAUGGGAGGCCAGGGAGACCCAUUGCGCCAAGAUGAACCUCCCGGCUAAGUACGUCGUCAUCAUCCACACUGCUGGGAAAACCUGCAUCAUGUCUGAUGAAUGCUACUUGCUGGUCCAAGAUAUCCAGUCCUUCUUCAUAGACAGGUUGAACUCAUGUGACAUUGGGUAUAACUUCCUCGUGGGGCAGGAUGGUGUCAUUUAUGAAGGAGUGGGGUGGAAUGUCCAAGGCUCCCGUGCUCCUGGCUACAAUGACAUUGCCCUGAGCAUUGCCUUUAUGGGCACCUUCUUGGGUACCCCACCCAAUGCUGCAGCCUUGGAAGCAGCCCAGAACCUGCAGUGUGCAGUGGACAAGGGAUAUUUAAUUCCCAACUACCUGCUGGUGGGGCACAGUGAUAUUGUCAACACCCUGUCUCCUGGACAAGCUUUGUACAACAUCAUUAAGGCUUGGCCUCAUUUCAAACACUGA